GAAGCCUUUUGGGUAUAAAAAGCUCCUGGUGUUCGGGAACCGUCAGUGUGUUUGUGACGACUUGACAUCUGGCUGCGACUCAGCUCCUGAUUCCACUGAAACAGUCUCCAUGACGAUGAUCUCCAGCUGUGGUAGAGGAACUUCAUUCAGCUGCUUCAGCUGCUUGGCUCUUCUCCUGGUGCUGCAUUGCCAUCAAAUAAACAGGAUUCAUGGUCAGAAGUCUGACUCUGCCCUAACUGUGGUGGAGAAUACAGACGGAGGAGGAGGAGGAGGAGGUGAUGGAGAGGAGGAGAAGGAGGAGGUAAAUCUAAAGGUGGUCCAACCUACUGAGCAGUGGCAAUCACUCAAACCAGGCCAGGCAGUCCCAGCAGGUUCUCAUGUGAGGCUGAAUCUGCAGACAGGUCAGAGGGAGGUCAGACUAGGAGAGGAGCAGCUCAAAUACUGGACCCAGGAGCACCAAAGGGACACAAAAGAGACCGGGUCCUUCUUCAGUCCUGAUGAACUGAAACAGGCCAUGAAGAAGAUCAAGGAAGACCUGAACCCAGUGAGCAAAGACCCAGACCAGCAGGCGUCUAUAUACCGCCCCCUAGAGGAGUUGAAGAGGGACAUGGCUCAGUUGGACCUACUAUUGGAGACGGAUGUUCAGAUAAUGAGGCGUCUGCUUGAACAGUUCAACAGCAGCAACUCAACUGCAGAGCAGAGAAUGAACAUCCUGCUAGAGCUGGAGUACCUGGUGCACCAGGUGGACAAUGCUCAGACUCUCUGCUCCAUGGGGGGUCUCCAAGUGAUUCUAGAGGGUCUGAACAGCUCUGACUUGAGACUGCAGGAGAACUCUGCCUUUGUUCUGGGAUCUGCUUUAUCCAGUAACCCAGUGGUCCAAGUGAAAGCUGUGGAGAGUGGUGCUCUGCAGACACUGUUGACCGUGCUGGCCAUUGCUCAGCCACUCAGAGUGAAGAAGAAGGUCCUAUUUGCUGUGGCCUCCCUCUUACGUAACUUCCCCUAUGCACAACACAACUUCCUGUCACAUGGGGGACUUCAGGUCCUAUCAGAGCUGUUCAGGGCAGAUGGAGGCGGAGUUCUGCGACUGCGCAUUGUCACCAUGUUGUAUGACAUGAUCAGUGAGAAGGAGCUGAUCUCCCAAGCAGGUUUGGACCUGGUCCUGGAUGCUGCUCAUGACGAGCGUGUGCGGCAGUACUCUAAGGUGUCCCUGGAUGGGGAGCUGCUGGAGAAGGGCUGGUGCAGUCUGGUCCCACAGCUGCUGGAGUCCACUGAGCAUGACUACAGAGAGAAGGCUCUUCGGGCUCUGUUGGCGAUGGCUCCGAUGUGUUUGGACCAGUACCGCUCAGACAGCUCUCUGAUGGACUCUCUGCUGUCUCUCCGAGACCAGUACCAACACAUGGUCCAGUCUGAGAUGAUUCUGGGAGAGGAGAACAGCUACUUCACAGAGUUGGUAGAACUUAUAGAUGCACUGCAAGUCAAAAUGAAAACGAAAUGACCAGCGUAGUGACCACACUGUGCAGAGGAUCACACAGACUGAUAUAGACUGAUACAGACUGACUGACACAGACUGAUGGAGACUGACACAGACUGAUACAGACUGACUGGUGCAGACAGACUGACAGACUGAUGCAGACUGACUGACACAGACUGACACAGACUGACACAGACUGACACAGAAGCCGCUUUUCGACCAAAAAUAGUUCCAGGUACUUUUCCUCAGAAAAUGAAUUGAAUGAAUUUGACAAACCAAGCUUCAUUGAUGACCUCUGAAUGUUUUUUUGGGGUGGGGGUGGUUAACAUAGACCCUCUUCACAGCAGACAUAUUGAUUUAUCGAAGCAGGUAAAAUACAGGUGUAAAUAAUAAUGGUCCCAUUCCAUUAAGUGACCUUGUAAGACCAGAGCCCUGGAAGAGGUUCACCUAAAUGCAAUAAACCCGUCAUUAAUGUUAUGAAUUCCACAUGUCAAAAUAUCUGCUCUGAAAACAGAGUGCAUGGCUAUGGAAUAUUUUAUUUUAUUUUGAUAUUUAAAUUAAAUUAAUGUUUAAAAAAUA